UUGCAGAGCUGGUCAUUAAGUCCGACUUGGCACCCUCAGCCAACUUGUGGCCUCUACUUUUCAUUUGGAUUGUGGCGCAGUUCAACUUCUGUUAUGAGUAGCUAUACAAAUGCUUCACCAUUAAAAGUUAUUUCGAGUGAAGUGACUGUUAACUAAUAGGCCUUCCGAAAUUUGUUGUCAUCCAGUAUCUGGUCAAAAAACGGAGCUCAAAAUCGCAUCUCACACGUAACAUCACUAGGUGUUCUUCUCUACUUCCGUACAGCCACGCAACUGCGUACAUCGUUUUGCUGUGAUGUAUAUCUGCCAUCGUAAAAACUUACUGUGUGUGCUAUUGCAUAAUUAACAUUAAAAACUGGCCGAUUAGCUUCUCCUUGAAGUGUAAAAUUGUACUCUUAUAUAUUAACUAUUGAGGUUUAAUUGGAACUUGAUUUACUGUAAUUCUUUCAUUGCAAUAUGUGUGAUAGCUCUCUAGAUCCUUUUAAACUUGAAGAAUUGCCAUGGCAUAUUUUGGAUGACAUUUUUGCUCGUCUAGAGAUUCGGGACUUGUUGAAGGUCGGUUUGGUGUGUAAAUCGUGGAACAGCGCAGUGUCGCAAGAAAUUUCGCGCAGAGGGCCGACACCGGAACGGGCCUUGAUCCCACAUACUUUUGGCGAUAGGUACAAAUAUCCAGACCCCCAAGUUCUCAAUAUUUUUAACAUGACGCAUUUGUCGAUAUUGUUCAUUGGUCCAUGUAGUACGGACCGCUCUUUGAAAAAUGCCGAGAGAAAUAUAUUGAAGCGAUACAGCCAACAUUUCGAUAAGAAUGUGAUCGCGGUGGGUGUUGUAAACUGUUUUGAAGAUAUAACCCACAUCAAAAGUUGUCCCGGUGUGCUGGGUCAACCGGAUGGAAUUUUGGGCCUAUUUCUUCCUAAAUGGUGUACUUUAAAAAUAAAAAUAGCCUAUAUCGCUACCGGAAAUGAUUACGUAAGUUUCUUCCCAAAAUUAUUACCAGAUAAUAGAGCGGAGAAAUCUACAUUUUUAAUUUUUGCACGUCCAUCUUCGGGCGUAGAUGGACUGUGGUUGAAAAUAAAACAAAAUCUUACACCAAAGACUUACGCCCUAUGGGGUGGUACUUUUGAUGAGGAUUUACGAUUCAUGGUACCACUGGACGAGACGCGAGGGGGUAAUCGGCCCAUCCACAAAGCUCAGAUUUUAGGAGUGAACAUCUACGGGUCGAAAAUGCAGUCCUGGUCAAUUGUCAUUGACUGUAAAAUCCACGAGGACGAAUUGCAUGAGCGAUUGUUACGAUUCAGGGAUGUUUUGGAGUUGAAGCGCAAAACGAUAGGUUUAGCUUGCGGACCGACAUAUAUGUACAGAGACGAUUCAACUGGUGUGAAUUACCACGUUGAACGGUAUGCAAUCAUGAACGCUAUUAGGAGAAUUUUCCCCGGGAUUCCGUUCAUCGGGGCGUUCAAUGAUGGAAAUCAUGGACACUUUGGGGUUGAUUCUACGAGUGACGAUCCCAACCAGAAAUUUUCGACGCCAUGGUCUGUUUCUUUGCUUGUCAUGACUUUCGAUUAGUCGCAAUUUUGUAACCGCUGAAAGUGGAUUAUAUUUCUUACGUUAGAUUAUACUUCUCUCUCUAAGAAUAUAAGCUUAACUCUAUUGAAAAUAUUAAGUAAAUUUUUGAUCAUGUAUUUUAGACAUAAAUCAAUUCCACAGUUUAUGAGUAAUAAAAUGUUAAAUAUUAAA